GGAAGUUCGCACAAUUUUACCGCAGAGAGUAAAAUCUGUUCGGAUAGGUCCCGAGUCCCCGAUUCCCUCGCUGGCUCGCUCUCUACAGCGAAGCGGCGAAGCCGAUCGUUUGGUCAACUCGAUUCUUGCUUUCUGAACUCUCACUUCAAAAUCAAAACCUCUGCUUUUUUAAAGUUUAAACCCAAAAUUCUUGUCUUCGUACUACGCCGUGCCCUGCCCUACCCUGCACUGGAUUCCAACUUGGAUCUUCAAUCCAUGGAUGAAAAUCCUUCCAUGGAAGAAGCCGAAACUGAAACAAUAGAAAAUUCGAACGGAAAAGAGUUAGUUGCAACGGACGGAGCUUCUGAUGAGGAACCGUAUGUCGGGAUGGAAUUCGAAUCCGAAGAAGCAGCCAAAGUGUUUUACGAUUCGUACGCCACACGUGUGGGAUUCAUCAUGCGUGUGGAUGCGUUUCGCCGCUCAAUGCGUGACGGCAAAGUCGUUUGGCGUCGACUGGUCUGUAAUAAAGAAGGGUUUCGAAAGCUAAGGCCUCGUAGAAGUGAAAACAGAAAACCUAGAGCGAUCACGAGAGAAGGGUGUAAAGCAAUGAUUGUGGUAAAGAAAGAGAAAACUGGGAAAUGGGUGGUUACGAGGUUUGUCAAGGAACAUAAUCAUCAGCUUGUUCCUAUUCCCACCAAUGGCCGGAGAAGCAUGCUUUUGUCGCAAACGCCGGAUGAGAAAGACAUAAAGAUUCGAGAAUUGACAGCUGAGUUACAACGGGAGAGAAAGCGCUCUGCAGCAUUUCAAGAGCAGCUUGAUAUGGUAUUAAAAGAAAUGGAGGAGCAUUCCAAUCACCUAUCAAGGAACAUUGAUGAUAUCGUUCAAAGUUUAAGGGAAAUUGAGUCAAAGCGAGUGAUACUUUCACGGAGGUAAUAUUACUAAUAAACUGUACAAUUUCUUUGACAUGCUAGCAACUCUCCAAAGAGUUGCUUGUAAUCUAGGUUCUUUUUAUUCUUUUUCCUUUUUUUCCAAGGGUGAGAUGAAGGAUAUUCAGCAUGUAUGUUGAGGUGAAUCACCAUGUAUUUCUAAGAAAAUGAGCAAUUAAAGUUAGUGCUAUGUUUAGUGUACAAACUCUUUAUCUUCUUCUGUUUAACUAGGUACAAUUAAAGUGAGUUUGGUUCAUGUACCUUCACUAAUUGUUCAAAUCAUUCUCAAAAUUCAAAUUGUGAAAAGCAUAUGUACUAUCAAUGAAGGGAGUGGCCCCAGAAUGGGCAUAGCCUAUUUCCCAUAAAAGAGAAUGACUAAUAAUUUUGAAACCCUAAACCCUAUUCCUUAUUUCACUGCCAAAUUUUCUAUUUUCUAAAAUCUUUUUAUA